CUCGCCGCCACCGCUGCUACCUGUGUAUCCUUGGACAGCGCAGCCGCAGCACGCUUUGGUAGCUUACUGCCGGACGACGCACGAGUAGUGUAGACUCUUCUUUCUGCCGCCGCACGAGUGGCUGCGGUGCGCGAGCUGGUGGCGGCGGUGCGCGAGGCGUACCCCGGCGAGCAGGUGGACUGGCCCAUGGUGCACGACGCCGGCUGCACCUGCGACGACUCCGAGCUGCCGCACCACGUCACCACGCGGCCAGACAUCGAGCGCCUGGUCGCCGCCGUCUUCCGGCCGCUGCUCGGCCGCCUCCCGGGCAAACCCACCAUCGUCACCAUCUCCAGGUCCAGUGAGGACGACUACUGCCCACCAGAGGACGUGGACUUCAUUCAAGAGGCGGUGCUGAAGGAACUGCGCCUCAAGUUCUCCCCAGUCAAGCUGCAGCUCGCCUACCUGGAGGAGGGAGACCAGUGAACAACUGGAAGACAUCCACUAGCACGCCAUUUUUCAUUUAGUUUCGUGUGAUGUUGACGCUUAUAGUCAGCAUUAGUAGUUUUUACCAUGCAUAAUUUUAUACAUUUUCCUAUCAAAAGACUGAUGUUAGAUAUAAGUCACGGGGAUUUGGUGAUGGUAUUUUGUAAGCAGAAUCGUAAAUUAAUGUACUUUUUUUGUGACAAGUAAAGGUAUGUUGUGCCUGA